GGCUCGUCCCGCGCCGCGGGUCCCCGCAGCCCCAGCGCCGCCCGCCCGGCGGCUGCGGCACCGAUGCGCUGUCCGCGGUGCUGACGCCGGCCGCCCGCUCGGUCGGGAGGGGGAGGAGACGCCCUCAUUCUCCGGUCUCCCCGAGUCGAGUGACCCUUUCCCCGCUCCUAAGCGGGAUCUUUUCCCCAAAGGAACCCUCCGAGACCUGGCGCUGUGGAUGGAUGCAGGAAGAAGACGCGAGCGACAGGGAACUUAAACUUCGGACUGGAGCUGGAGAGCCCGGUGUCAGGGCAUUGGCGUCUUUCGGCCUCCAGCACCUGAGACCGCAGGACAACAUCAAGUUGAGCAAAGUUUGGCGGCAGCUUGGACAGAAGGGAGGGAUUCCGGGGCCGAAGCGCAGGGAGGGACAGGGACUGGACGGUGUUCCCUGGCGGCGUGGUAGCCAGCACCGCAGUCCGGACACCUGCUUCGGUGCCCCGCAUUAGUGCAGCCAGAACGGCAGGGAGGCGUCGCAGCAGCCCAGCUCCCCACCCCUUCUCUCCCUUCCUUACUCCCCACCCCCCAACACCCCGCCCCGGGCGCCGGUGACUCCGCCUCUCCGUGCCGGGCGGCUCUCCGGCUGGAGCUGGAAAGGGAGCGCUUACCCGGACUCAGCUCGGUUCCGAGGCUCCGAAGCCGACGCCGCCAGCUCAAGCCCGGGGGCGGGAGCUGGACUGCCCACGGAGCCUGCGCCGGGGAGCCGCUGAGCCGGGAACGUCUCAUGGGACGCGCCCGGGGUCUCUCUUCGUGCCCUGCUCUCCUGUCCCUGUCCUAGGCGCCCGGGCUCUACAGCCCGCCCUGCCCGCAGCCCGCGGCCUGUCUGGAGAGGAGUAUGAGGCCCGGGGCCCCGUGGACGCCGGCCACAAGGCGGCAGGGGCCUACCUUGAGACCCCCGCGCCCGAGGGCGGUGGGUGAGGAGCCGCGGCAGCCGGCCAGGCGUCGGGGCGCAGAGAGGAGCGACCCAGCUCCGGCGCCCGAAGGGCCGCGGGACCCGUGUGCGGCCUGAGCGCCGAGGAGGAGGCGGAGGCGCCCCGCCGUCCGGGCUCUGGAGGAGGCGGCGAGGGGCUCCGCGGCGGCCCCCGACCCCUGGUCACCAUCCUCACGUUUCUGCUCCCGCGGGGGGGAUGUCGCGGCCCGGGCCCCGAGCGCCGCCCCGGCCCCGGGGCUGAGCUCCGGACCAUGUCCUCCCGCAGCCCCCGGCCCCCGCCCCGCCGCUGCCGCCGCCGCCUGCCGCGCCCCUCCUGCUGCUGCUGCUGCUGCCGCCGCUCGCACCUCAACGAGGACACGGGCCGCUUCGUGCUGCUGGCGGCGCUCAUCGGCCUCUACCUGGUGGCGGGCGCCACAGUCUUCUCGGCGCUCGAGAGCCCGGGCGAGGCGGAGGCGCGGGCGCGCUGGGGCGCCACGCUGCGCAACUUCAGCGCGGCGCACGGAGUGGCCGAGCCGGAGCUGCGCGCCUUCCUCCGGCACUACGAGGCCGCGCUGGCCGCCGGCGUCCGAGCCGACGCGCUGCGCCCGCGCUGGGACUUUCCCGGCGCCUUCUACUUCGUGGGCACCGUGGUGUCGACCAUAGGUUUCGGCAUGACCACCCCCGCGACGGUGGGCGGGAAGGCCUUCCUCAUCGCCUACGGGCUGUUCGGCUGUGCCGGCACCAUCCUGUUCUUCAACCUCUUCCUGGAGCGCAUCAUCUCGCUGCUGGCCUUCAUCAUGCGCGCCUGCCGGGAGCGCCAGCUGCGCCGCAGCGGCCUGCUGCCCGCCACCUUCCGCCGCGGCUCGGCGCUCUCGGAAGCCGACUGCCUGGCGGGCUGGAAGCCCUCGGUGUACCACGUGCUGCUGAUCCUGGGUCUGUUCGCCGUGCUGCUGUCGUGCUGCGCCUCGGCCAUGUACACCAGCGUGGAGGGCUGGGACUACGUGGACUCGCUCUACUUCUGCUUCGUCACCUUCAGCACCAUCGGCUUCGGGGACCUGGUGAGCAGCCAGCACGCCGCCUACCGGAACCAGGGGCUCUACCGCCUGGGCAACUUCCUCUUCAUCCUGCUCGGCGUGUGCUGCAUCUACUCGCUCUUCAACGUCAUCUCCAUCCUCAUCAAGCAGGUGCUCAACUGGAUGCUGCGCAAGCUGAGCUGCCGCUGCUGCGCGCGCUGCUGCCCGGCGCCCGGCGCGCCCCUGACCCGGCGCAACGCCAUCACCCCGGGUUCCCGGCUGCGCCGCCGCCUGGCCGCGCUCGGCGCCGACCCCGCGGCCCGCGACAGCGACGCCGAGGGCCGCCGCCUGUCGGGCGAGCUCAUCUCCAUGCGCGACCUCACGGCUUCCAACAAGGUGUCGCUGGCGCUGCUGCAGAAGCAGCUGUCCGAGACGGCCAACGGCUACCCGCGCAGCGUGUGCGUCAACACGCGCCAGAACGGCUUCUCGGGCGGCGUGGGCGCGCUGGGCAUCAUGAACAACCGCCUGGCCGAGACCAGCGCCUCCAGGUAGACGCGUGCCUCGCCGCGCCACGGACCCUCACCAGGCUGGGGUGCAGCCGGGCGGCGUUUGCUUUCCUUCUCUCAGACGCUGGCGCUUUCUUAACCUUUAUCCAAUAAAAUGAAACCAAAAAAAAAAAAAAAUUUUUUUUUAAAGAAAUACUAUUUGGCCAGGCCUGAUGUUAUCAAGGGCAGGUUUUGGGGGAGCCUGUUUUCCUUAUGGGUUCCCUCUCAGAGAACUGUGGUCCCCAGCAGAUUCUCCUCCAGGGAGAGAAAAAGUGGCACCCCAGACCCUCGCCCGGUGCACACGGCAGUGAGAAGAGUGCCACCCCUGGGUUUUGCAGACUGGCACUAAACCCCGUCUCGAUGCACGUAAGCAGCUGGCAACCCCAAAGCAUAUGGUGCAACUUUUCAUGGCUCUGAAUUACCUCCGCAGCAUUUAGAAUCCUGGCCCAGCCCAGCAGCUUCCUUCUGGUCGUCAGAAGUGAUAUAGUCACAGUUAUGACAGGUGGGGAUGGGGAGAGCCAUAUGUUGCCUCCUGAUGUAUAUAUAUAGUACAGCCGCUACACACAGAGAAUGGCGUAGUAUUAUGCAAUGGGAUGAAACAUAGCACCAACUUGCGGACUGUGGCAUUUCCCAGAGAUUUGGGAAUUGCAGUGGUAAGGGGCUUAGCAGGCCUUUCUCAGCCUGGAGUUAGUCCACUUAGCACAGCACACAGGGCAACUCCUUUUAAAGAGGGAAAGCCUGGAGUGGCCUGCAGGGCCGGGAGCACUCAGGCUGCAGGAGCCCAGCUCCGCUUCAGCUGGCUGAUCUCUGAGGCUCAGGGCACAUCUCUGAAUCCCCUCAACGCUCCUUCCUUUCACCAGCAUCAUCCACGGGAAUGCUUUUCAUUGUUAACCAGGAAUGUCUGAGUCUUCUCAGACAAGAUUUUUCUUUGUUGGUGCGGAUUUUUUCUUAUCUUUUUUUCCCUUUUAGACAGCCUGAGGGUACAGAGCGUGGUACCCCCUCCAGCUGCCCCUCCUCUGCAUCAGGGCUCUGCCAGCUACACUGGUGGGCACCAGGGCCUGCAGCACCAGGAACCAAAGCAGUCAUCCUGCAAGUGUCAGAGAAUUUGACUCCAGAGCCCAUGAUGUAUUUGGGACACAUCCCAUUCUACACCCUGUUUGGCCCCCACUAAUAUUCAAGUGAAUGUGUUUUUUCUACACACACAGUCUGUAUUGGAGGUGGAGGAAGGCAGGAGGGAGAGAGCUGGUGGAUGGAAGCAAUUUUAGGAUUAAAGUUUUGCUCUGGAUGAUCCUCAAGGUGAAGGACAGUUUCUCCCAGACUCACCCUCUACCUCAUAGGAGGUCACUGACCUGGAGGAAGGCCAGAUACCCAGCCUUCAUUGAAGAGAUGGGGGUCUUGGACUGUAAAGGAACAAUACUCUUUUGGCCCAUUUUUUCUCAUCCAAAAAGAUGACGAUCCCAAGGACAAAUACCAGAGUCUAGUCAGACACGGUGUGACCCACCAAUAUAUAUAGAGCUUCUGACAGGAAGUCUUAGGAAAGCACCAGGACACCUCACACCGUCUGCCUGAGAGGCAUCAAAAGCCGUAAAAUCUCCCUCCCUGGCAGUGAAGGAAGCAUAUGUGCCUAGAACACUCAGACACACACACACACACACACACACACACACACACAGCAUUAAGAGUCAUACUUGAAUGUCAGCCUCCCCUCGCCCCUUCCACUUCAUGGCAGGAAGGAAAAAACAAGUUAAGAUCUGAGUAACUCUCCUGCUACUUUGGGUAACUUCUUUUUUGGGGGGUGAGGGAUAAUUUCUAAUUUGGAUUGGGAUUGGUUUUUAAACACAGACUGUAAGCUGGGGGUGAAGCCAGUGAGGAGGAGCUGGCCAGGACAGAAGUCAGUCUUGCCAGUUCCUAAAGGGUAGGCUUCCAGAGAGCCACGCUUCCAGGAUGCACUGUGACGUCAGCCAGGACAGCUCCAUGAGCCUCCCCAACACUGCCACCCUUCCCCCAUCUGAGCAACGGCUGCGGUCACACUGUGCUCCGAGAGGCAUGCAUUGUUUAGGGCAGAGUCCUCUAACAGAACCUAGAAAUAAAGUAUCAGGUUUAUCCCUUUAAAAGAAGGAAAGAUUAAAAGGCAUCCAGUUAGAGGUGUCACCUAGGCAACAGGAAAUAAUCUGGGGAUCUGAGCUAUCCAGAGGGGAAAGUAGACAUCCCCAUGACAGAGCCAUCUAGACCAUGAGGACUCAAUAGCAGGCAAAAUAGCAGCCAACCCAGAGAAAGUGAGCCCCAGGAAGAGAACAGGAGGCUUAAGACACAGUCAUCAUGGCUCCUUGAGCUAGACGGGCCAAAAAGGCAUCCGGGCAAUCUGCUGACCGGCGCGCAGGACUGCAAAGAAUCCCAUCCCCACAGGCGGGAACAGGACCUGCCUCCAGAGUAGGAAAGCUCAUAACCUUCCUUGGCAGUCUUCUCUGUCACCACUGCUUCCUAAAGUCUAUUCUGAGUUGCUCAUGCUGCAGCCUUAGCUGUUUUCACUUCUUUUCCUAUGCUUUGGCUUUGGAAGGAGGCAAUUGCAGGCAACUUGAGCACGCUGCUGAAGGAAUUGAAAGCAUGGUUCAAGGGAGCUAGGAAAGGGACCCUUCCUGCUCAGCAACCUCCCAGAGAAACGCCAGUCCUCUAGUGUACAAUGGUAGCUCAGGACUCAGUGGUAUGCACGUAUUUUUGUCCAUGUUCCCCUGGUUCCCCCCUACCGCCGCCCUUUUCAAUCAUCGUUGUCCUUUACCUCAGGCCAAAGGGCUCAGUGCCCCAGAUGCCAGGGGCUGCUGGGAAAAGCCGGGCUCCCAAGGUCAGGGGGUUUGUUGGAGACUAGACCCAUGCCUAAAGGGCUUGUUUGACAUCCUGCUUGACAGGAUGGGGAGCAUAGAGAACCAGACCUGCUUGACAAGCUGGGAUGGGAUCCUCCCAUCGUUUCAGGAUUAUAGACAUUGAUAGGGACCCCUUUCUUUGGUGCAGAUUCUUCUGAACCUCAGGCUAAGAAAGGGCUCCUUCCUCUUAGAUGCUGUGGCCUCUCCCACCAUGCAGGGGUCUCCAGUAUGACCCACAGCUGGUAGCUCACUGUAAUCACAACGUCCCCAGGCUCCACGAGUUGCUUCCUAACCUGAGGCCCACACUCACCCCUCUUGUGCUGGGGCUCUGGGGCUCCCGUAAAGGUAGCAUGGGCUCUCAGACAGCAUGGGCUCUUGUCACUCGGCCGUGGCCACACAGAGGCCAGGAUCUUAGACUGCAGCCGGGCCUUCUCAGAGCUGAGCAGGCAGGGAAGGAGCCGCCCUUGGUGCCCUUGCUCUCUAAGAAGGCCAGGUGGUCAGGGCCCUGAGUCCUCUGACUGAAGCCAGCACCUCCAGGCCUGGCGAAGGAGUCGGAAGGCUCAGGCAGCCUCAGGCCUUCAGCUUGUGGAAAAUGCCACGAAGUCCUGGGCUUUGCCAGGAGUGUCACACAUCACAGCAUCAUGCACACACAUGCGUGUACACACCACACACACACACACACACACACACACACACGUCAGCCUUAUAAAGAGCUACUAGCCCCUUUCCCCACGGAAAAAUAAUCCUGGUCUGGGCCACUUUAAGGAGAAGGAUUUUGCAUUUUUAACUCCCUGGAGAUCUGCAGGGGCCUGGAAAAUUCCUCCCUGUCUUGGGGGAGUUUCACGGACACUUUGCAUGUAUGUGUUUUACACAGACGCCAGCGACCAAACCCAAGCCAAACCCUGGAAAACAGCUGCUGAAUGUACACAGGCUCCGCCUCUCAGACAGGCCUCCUAGCAGAUCCCUCUUCCUGCGCCCUGGGUGAGGGGCGCCCGAGCCCUCCUGGCCACGGCAGCCCACAGAGGCGCAGACCACAGGAGCCGUGGGCCAGGCGGCUCCACCUUACUGUAACUUUUUACAUUCUUCACAAACAAAAAGCACAACUCCACACGCACACUGUCUGGAAAGCACAUUCAGACAGACUGCUUGAGGUACUUCUGAGUCCAGAAGAGGCGCUGGCUGGGGCCCGUUUUUUUGUUGGAAUGGUUGUUAUAAAAUGUGCUGGUUGGUGCCACCGAAGGCUCCACUCUGGGGCGGGGAGGGCUGCUGACACCACUCCCGACCCCCAGGACGGGCUCAUCGGCAUGGACUCAGGGCCCGGACUCUCGCCCCUGGAGCAGCUCUGACACCUGCAGGUACCACGCCCGGCCAGUCUCAUCACUGAAGCGGUGAGAUUUCUGCACCGACCUGGCCCAAGACCCCCUUCCCCUUUCUGUCAGCCUCCCCCCACCUCCUCCCUAGGGAAGCUGCCCCCCUUGCUUUAUAAAUCAUUUUCUAUGCUACCCAUUCUCUCAGGAGGGGGUUAGAGCAUGCGGGGCAAGCCUGCAGGGUUUCUCAGACAAUACAUUUAUUUUUCCGAGCAACACUCCAAGAGAGGGCUUGAGGGGUGUUUCA